CACCACCUCCACCGCCCGUGGUCGCAGCCCUGCCCUGUGGAUGCCAAGGGGAGAAAGACCCUAAUUGAAGCGUUGCUGCCUUGGAAGUCACCUUAGGCUCCUCCGGAACAUGACGGGACGUGCCCGAGUUAGGGCGCGAGGCAUCACCCGCAGCCCCAGUGCCACGGCAGCCGGGUGCCUCCAGGCCUCCCCCACGCCCGUCUCUGCUGAUCUUAGUGACAAUGAAGCAUCGUCCAACAACGGCUGCGAGGAAACGAGUAGGAUUUCACAGCAAUGUAAGUAUGUCGUAUCUCCUGGUAAUGCUGAAAGUACUCUCAUGAAAAGAGGAGGGAAAAUCUUCCCGGAUGUCAUGGAUUUGGGGGUCUGUACCAGAGAGAAACUGGCCCAUGUGAGAGACAGCAAAGCAGGUUCCAGUGGAAUACCUGUGAAGCUGGUCACAAAUCUUUUUAGCUUAGAUUUGCCCCAGGACUGGAAGCUGUACCAGUACCAUGUCACAUAUAUGCCGGAUUUGGAAUCUAGAAGCAUGAGAAUUGCUUUGCUGUAUAGUCAGAAGGAACUUUCCAACAAAGCAAAGGCAUUUGAUGGUGUCAUCCUUUUUCUCUCAGAAAAGCUAGAAGAAAGGGUCACAGAAUUGUCAAGUGAAACUCGAAGAGGCGAGACCGUAAAGAUGACUGUCACUCUGACCCGGGAGCUGCCGGCAAGCUCCCCUGUGUGCAUCCAGGUCUUCAGCAUCAUCUUCAAAAAGAUCUUGAAAAAACUGUCCAUGUACCAAAUUGGACGGAACUUCUAUAAGCCUUCGGAGCCAGUGGAAAUUCCCCAGCACAAGUUGUCCCUUUGGCCGGGGUUCGCCAUUUCUGUGUCAUACUUUGAAAGCAAGCUCCUGUUCAGUGCUAAUGUGAGUUACAAAAUCCUGCGGAAUGAGACUGUUCUGGAAUUCAUGACUGCUCUCUGCUACCAAACUGGCAUGUCCAGCUUCACCCAGAUGUGCGAAAAACAGCUGGUUGGGCUCAUUGUCCUUACAAGAUACAAUAACCGAACCUAUCGUGUUGACGACAUUGACUGGUCGGUGAAGCCCACACACUCCUUCCAGAGGCGGGACGGCACGGAGAUCACCUAUGUGGACUACUACAAGCAGCAAUAUGAUAUUACCUUAUCUGACCUACAUCAGCCAAUGCUUGUUAGUCUGUUGAAAAGCAAGAGAAAUGACGUUGAGGCUCGGAUGGUUCACCUGAUACCCGAGCUCUGCUUCCUAACAGGACUGACUAGCCAGGCAACCUCGGAUUUCCAACUGAUGAAGGCUGUGGCGGAAGAAACGCGGCUCAGUCCACAAGGAAGGCAGCAGCGCCUGGCCAGGCUUGCUGAUGACAUCCAGAGAAACAAUGAUGCUCGCUUUGAGCUGGAGACCUGGGGGCUGCACUUUGGAUCCCAGAUGUCACUGACUGGCCGGGUUGUGCCUUCUGAAAAAAUAUUCAUGCAAGACCGCAUAUGUCAACCUGUGUCUGCUGCUGAUUGGUCCAAGGAUAUUCGAAGUUGCAAGCUGUUAAGUGCACAGUCUCUGAAUAAAUGGCUGAUUAUAUGUAGCAGCAGAGCUGAAAACGUGAUUGAGAACUUCCUGAGCUGCUUGAGAAGAGUUGGAAGUUCCAUGGGGUUUAAUGUGGACUAUCCCAAAAUCAUAAAAGUACAGGAAAGUCCAGCUGCGUUUUUUGGCGCUAUACAGAAACACGUUGAUCGUGAUGUUCAGCUGGUCAUGUGUAUUCUGCCUUCCGCUCAGCAGAGCUAUUAUGAAUCCAUUAAAAAAUAUCUGAGCUCCGACUGCCCAGUCCCAAGCCAGUGUGUGCUUGUUCGGACCUUGAGUAAACAGGGGAUGAUGAUGAGUAUUGCCACCAAGAUUGCCAUGCAGAUGACCUGUAAACUCGGAGGCGAGCUGUGGGCCGUUGAAAUCCCUUUAAAGUCCCUGAUGGUAGUUGGCAUCGAUGUCUGUAAAGAUGCAUUCAACAAGGGAAUGGUGGUGGUUGGAUUUGUGGCCAGUAUUAACCUCAGAAUCACCAGGUACUUUUACAAUGACUCUAGAGCACUCAACAAAUGGUACGAGUACAAUCAGGGUUUGCCCGCACGGAUUAUUGUGUACCGUGAUGGUGUAGGAAAUGGUCAGCUCCAAACACUUCUUGAAUAUGAAGUUCCACAGCUGCUGAGCAGUGUGGCAGAAGCAAGUUCAAACACCAGCUCCAAGCUGUCGGUGAUUGUGGUCAGGAAGAGGUGCAUGCCACGGUUCUUCAUGGAACAGAACCGCACCUUACAGAACCCACCACUUGGCACCGUGGUGGAUUCAGAAGCCACGCGUCCUGAAUGGUAUGACUUUUACUUGGUCAGCCAAGCCGCCUGUCGGGGAACUGUUAAUCCCACCCACUAUAAUGUCAUCUACGAUGACAACGGCUUGAAGCCCGACCACAUGCAGAGACUUACAUUCAAACUGUGCCACCUGUACUACAACUGGCCGGGCUUAGUCAGUAUCCCAGCACCGUGCCAGUACGCGCACAAGCUGACCUUCCUCGUGGCACAGAGCAUCCACAAAGAACCAAGUCUGCAGCUGGCCAAUUCUCUCUUCUACCUGUGAGGACAUGAGCUGUCGGCACUGCCGGAUAAAGAAUCCCAGGAGUAGGCAGUAUACUCUCUACAAAUCUGCCAUGACCUCGAGGCUGUGACUGGGGAAAGGAGAUGGAGCCAGCUUUAACUUUCUGGGGAAAACAAAAACAGUUUAAUCUGAAAUGGUCCAAAAGGAAUGCAUGCUGUUUAUAUUUGAAAACUAUAUGCUUGGGUUAGAUUCUCAUUGUGGAUUGUGGAAUUAAAAACGUACCAUCACCUGUUAGGUUAGUAAGUCCACAAAGCUGAAUACCCUCUAAGAAAAUAAGUGUUUGCAUGAUGUUUUGAUGGGUAGGUCAACGGGCUCUAAUUCCCACCAUAAAUGUUUCAGAAGUUUUCUUAAGCAAUGGUAUAGAGCAUUUUGUAGAGUGGUGUAAGUAGAUAUUAGAAAAUAAAGACAAUUUAGAG